UGCUCCGAUUCCGUAAGUGCAUGCCUAGGCGAAGUCCACAGCCCACUCCUUCCAAUAUUCAAAUGACUACCUGGCCGUACAGGGAAUACAUUUUGAUACUAGAAAAACCCGUCGAUAUUCACUUAUAAUUAGUGAAUAUCGACGGAGUAUUUGAGUUGUGUCGUUUCACGCGUAUCUACCCUCUCAUUGGCUAGAAUGGUCCCACCUGAUCUGGCUUCCAUCUUUAAAGGACACGUCUUUCCCUUGUUAGAGAGGUCACUCGACCAUCUUGUCAAUAUAAUAAAUAAUCUUUGAUCAAAUAAAAUACAGGUCUGUUUCCUGUGCGUCAGGCUGCGGCUUUUGACAGUUCGAGUGAAAAAGGAGAAGGUGUCCCCCGGUCCAACCACUACUCAAUGAGAUGGCAAAAAAUGGGGCAGACUGCGAGCUACCUCAGAGGCGCCUAUCAGCCAGAGAAAAGCACAACGGGCAGUCUGCAGACUCCUUGUCGCUGAGUGAGAGGAAGCAGAGGGACCGCGAGGAGCGUGUGUCUCUGGUGUUAUGGAAGAAACCGCUCGUCACGCUACACUACUUCCUGCGGGAGCUGCUCACAACCCUGAAGGACUGGAUGUGGAGGUUAUGGCGGCAGAGACAUUCAGUCUUGCCUCUGCUGGUGCUGGUCACCCUCUUCUCCAUCGCCUACUCUGUUAAAGGAACACAUCAGAAGUAUGUGCAACACAUGGAGAAGAGGUUCCUGUGGUGUGCCUACUGGGUAGGCUUGGGUAUCCUCUCAUCUGUGGGACUGGGGACUGGCCUGCACACCUUCCUCCUCUACCUGGGUCCACACAUAGCAUCAGUGACCCUGGCAGCAUAUGAAUGUGGUUCGGUGGAUUUCCCGGAACCCCCCUACCCCGAGCAGAUCAUCUGCCCCCAGGAAGAGGUGUUGUUGGGGGGGACAGAGGCCGUGGCCCAAGUGGGUGUGGAGGGCUUGGCGGGGGUGGCAGCAGCUGUACAGGGAAGCAUCUCCCUCUGGACCAUUGUCUCCAAGGUCCGCUUAGAGGCCUGCAUGUGGGAAUGAACCCACUGAACCUGCCUGGGAUGAGGAUUUGUUUCACUCAAAUCUCUUCCGUCUUUCUUCACAAUUCGGGAGCAGGCACAGCCAUCGGGGAGCUGCCCCCCUACUUCAUGGCGCGGGCAGCGAGGCUGUCUGGAGAAGAGCCUGAUGAUGAAGACUAUGAAGAGUUUGGAGAGUUGCUGGAGCAGGCAGAGACUCCACAGGACUUUGCCACCAGAGCAAAACUAGCAGUGCAGAAAAUGGUUCAGAGAGUUGGAUUCUUUGGAAUUCUCGCCUGUGCCUCUAUCCCAAAUCCAUUGUUUGACCUGGCAGGUAUAACAUGUGGCCAUUUCCUUGUUCCCUUUUGGACCUUUUUUGGAGCAACACUAAUUGGGAAAGCCAUAAUCAAAAUGCACAUUCAGAAACUGUUUGUGAUCAUAACCUUCAGCAGCCACAUAGUGGAGCAGAUGGUGUCUCUGAUCGGUGCUGUCCCAGUGCUGGGCUCCUCUCUACAGAAGCCCUUUAGGGAGUACUUGCAGGCCCAGAGAGCCAAGAUGCACCUCCACGCGGGAGAGGGGACCUCAGCCGAUGAAAACUGGCUGUCGUGGGUCUUUGAGAAGGUGAUCGUGGUCAUGGUUUGUUUCUUUGUCUGCUCCAUCGUCAACUCCAUGGCCCAGAGCUAUGCCAAGCGCCAGCAGCAGCAGAUGUACUCUGAGGGGAAAACCAAGUGAAGGCAACACUAAGAAGCGAGAAGAGCAGCUAGCCUAGCACACAUUCUGGGCUCUCGGUCAAAAAACCCUCAGCACAAACCUGCUGUAUCCUCCUCUUUUUUUCUCUGUCUCCAAUAAUCUCCAAUGAGACACAAACUGCCAUAAUCCGAAGUAUGGGCGUCCAUGUUAUCGAUCGAUGGAUAUCCAUCUGUAUGAAGUAACCGUUUUCUUUGUUUCUGUAGUGAUACUGAAGGUUAUCCGUUUACAUGGAACUUGGACUUAAUUUAUUUGCAUACCAGGAUUUUUUGAUAGAGAUGAUGGCCCAUAGUUUUUUGCUUCCUCAGUGGUUGUUCACUAUAAGGUAGGUGCAUGGUCAUGUGGUGUGGUGUUGUAUGGAUAGGACAUCCAUUUCAUUGAACAGCUCUACAGUGACUGUGUGUGGGUGGGUCAGCAGCUACUGGCACUGAUUCUCCUCUGCGAGGCCUUAAGUACUCUUUGGUCCAGCUUCCACGACUAGAACUGAUAGUCUUAUCAUAGAGCCUGUUUAUUUAAAUGAUUAUGUUUGGCUUGGAUCGGUUUUAUUUUUCUUAAAUUAUUUGGUGUGUGCACUGUAAUGCAGGGACUGAUGUUAUAUAUUAUUUUAGUUGUGCAAGGCCUAAUCUGAUUUUUCCCAGUUCAUUUAUUAGGGUUUGUGUUUUUUGUUGUUGUUGUUUUUUCAACUGAAAUGGGAUAGACAAGGAAUGUACAUGGAAUGCACAUCUUGUAAAUAUAGCUAUGCUAAUAUAGGAUUUUCAUAACUUCACUUCUACAAAUCUGAUGUAGAUAGAUCUGAAUAAAUCAAAACAGGGAGUUAAAUCACUUGAUUUUUAUCUGUACCUAUACUACUAUUGAUGUCAUUUCUAUGCUGUAAAAUUCCACAGAGUGAGCACCUUUGGAUCAGACUUCAUAAAUCGUCCAUGAAUCAUUCUGCUGGUCCCUUUGUCUGGAGUUAUUUUCUACUUCUAAUAAGAGAGCAUAUGAGUCAGACCUGGGGCUGCUCAACCAACCAGAUGCACUGAUGGAUUGAAUCAGAUCUGUGUUUGUGCCACUUCUGGAACUCUCUUCCUUAUAGAGCCUUUCAUUCGGAUCCCAAGUUGUGUUUGGUGGUAUCUGUUUAGUUGAUAUGAUCUUUUAGGGGUUGUGCCUGGUUUGAAGCUUGUGGUAAGUGAUUCCUUUGUCUUCAGUGCCUGGCUAUGGAGGGAGUUUCAGACAGUGUGUGUGUUAAUGCAGCAGACUCCUCUGCACUCUCUGAACUCCCAUGUAAAGCUUGAAUGCUCCGCAAGCUCAUGUUCACAAUUCCUCUGGGAGGAAGGGCAGCACUUAAAAUGAUGUUAUGUCAUCAAUAUGUUACUUUUUUAUGUCUUAUGCUUGUUGGAUAACGUCAGCUGGCUUGUGAUCCAAGAUUCCUAUUUUUCGUAAUUGCUUGUGAAUUAUUUUGGUAUUUUUUUGUACUGUUGCCCUGGUAUGUUGGUUUGGGAGAUCUGGGCGGACAGGCAGGGGGGGAGCGAGUGGGGAGAAAAAGAGAGCGAGCGCAGUGAAACGGGUCUGUGGCGUUACCUCCAGUGAACCCUCCUAUGAACUCGCUGCACUGCCCCAGUGACGGAGCCAGGAGACGAAUCACUCGAGUAGAUUCAAAACAGAGAGGCACUGUUGAACGCACAGAGCCUCAGCCUCCCUCCAGUCUGCUGCAGCUCUGCUAAUCACCCCAUUCAAAUGCAGCCUCUCUCUCUCAGGGUAAGUAAUGGAAGGAUUGUUUUCCUCCUCUUUCCUCAUGUUACGUGUGUGUUUGUGUCUCAGGCAUGUCCGUCACUCUCUCGGCCUGUCAGAUAGCUUAUCAGACUGGUGUUGGCUGUUACAUUGCAAGGCGACAACAGUCUGUAGGCUGUCUGACAUUUCGGGCUCUUUCAUCUGACCAGCAUCCUGUUUUCUCUUUGUCCGUCUGUGGUUGUUGUCAUUGUUGAAGCAUCGGUUCCCAUUUUGAGCUGUGUGGUCUGAUGUUAUUGUUCCUUUGUUGCAAAAUAUUUUAGACAUAAGUUUGGUUUAUUCGCUCUCUUAUUGAUGUAUUCUUUGUUGACUUCUUUUAAAGUGGUUAUAUAUGCAUAUCUGUUUGUAAAUUAAAAUGUAUUGCCGUUAAUUUGUCCGAUCGGUGUGUAUGUAUGUGUGCAUGUAUCAUUGCCUAUCUGUUAAAAGGGAUUGUGUGUGUUUCUGGAGUUUGUCUCAAUCCCCUUGAAUUUCCAGAGAAUCAGGAAGGCACACACCUUAUUGCAACACUCCAUUGUGACAGCCAGCCAGUAUUUGCUAUGGUACACACAGUCCUCACCUCAGAUAGUUCCUCCUUCCACUUUACACUUCUCUCUUUUCUCUCACAUACUUCUUUCCAUUUUCCACUAUUGCUCAAUAGCUGAUUUUUUUUUUGACUAACGUUGCAUUUUAUUAGUACAGCUUUUUUCUUGUUUUUGCUUCAGGGUUUGUAUUUAGAAGUAGCUGAAAUCAUGGCUUGACCAGUACAUGUUCUUUUUGUGGUCAUAAAUUUGCUGAGCCAAGAUGACUUAGCUUUUGAGAAAUGACUUAUGUUUUCCUUUGCAGUUUUAGAACAUCUUGUUCCAUAAGGGAGCCCCAUUUUUGCGUGUGUGUGUCUUUCUCUGUGUGUUUACGUUUCUAUGUGUAAAUGUCUGUGUAAUGGUAAGUGUCUGUACUUCGGAAUUCUUUUCGAUGUAUGUAUGUCCUGUUUUAUCUGUAAAUAAAGUGGACUGAAAUAAA